AUGGCGGGCCAACGUACGCCUGCGGGCGAGUAUGGCGAGGAAUGGGCCCGAGAUCUUCGGGUCCAAUUCGAAGGCUUGUUGCGUGACAAGCGUAUGAAUGAUCUCCGUGCCUCAUCGCGACAAGGCUCUCCGAGCUUGGGAGAGCAAUCUCCCCGUAUGCGAAGCUCUCCGUUCCCCAGCGAUAGCCGACCCUCGACAUCCCAAGGACCUGGUCUUCCCUCUUACUCCGCCCUGCGACAUCUCCCCAAGAUCCCUACACCUCCCGCCGCUGGUGAUCGCGAUUCUCAAAAAUUCAGAAACCUCCUCAUCAGCUUAUCAUUAACACCAACCAAAUACGAGAACCCUGGUCUGUUGGACGAGGCAUUACAAACCAUCCCAUUAGAUCGUAUCUAUGGCGAGGCCGAGGAAGAGACUCAGGUCUUGCAAGCUCAGGCUGAGAGUAUGGGUGAUGGACGACGGCCCGAAUGGGGUUACCAAGACUGUGUCAUCCGGGCAUUAUUAAGAUGGUUUAAGCGAUCGUUCUUUAGCUGGGUCAACAACCCACCCUGCCCCGUCUGCUUGUCUCCCACCAUCGCCCGUGGCAUGACUGCUCCUUCACCUGAAGAGAGUGCUUGUGGCGCCCUCCGUGUCGAAUUGUAUCAAUGCUCUGCUCAACAUUGCGGUGCUUUCGAGCGCUUCCCUCGUUACGGUGAUGUCUGGCGGUUAUUACAAACCCGACGAGGACGUGUUGGCGAAUGGGCCAACUGCUUUAGCAUGCUUUGCCGAGCUGUUGGAGGCCGUGUUCGCUGGGUCUGGAACGCUGAGGACCAUGUCUGGACUGAGGUGUAUUCAGACCACCAAAAGCGAUGGGUUCAUGUGGAUGCUUGUGAGGAAGCAUGGGAUAACCCUCGCCUCUAUGCUGAGGGUUGGGGCAAGAAGAUGUCCUACUGCAUUGCAUUCUCCAUUGACGGAGCUACUGAUGUCACUCGACGAUACGUGCGCAAGAAUCAGCAUGCUGCUGAGCGUAACCGAUGCCCCGAAGAGGUUCUUCUCUAUGUUAUGCAAGAGAUCAAGAACAUGCGUCGAUCCAACAUGAACAAGGACGAACGAUUCCGAUUGGAGAAGGAAGACAGCCGGGAAGACAACGAACUCCGAGGCUACGUCGUGGCCUCAAUUGCACAGGCCGUAACUGACUUGGUUCCUGGAUCCCCUGGCGGAUCAAACCACACUGGUGCAAGCGGAAGCGAUACCAAGUUGCCUGCUGAGCAACCUGGUCGACAAACUGGCUCCACAGAAUGGUUGACUGCCCAGCAGCAACAAUCUGGUCGAUAUCAACAGCCUCGCGAUCCCAGCCACCGACGCCCAUUGCCUUGA